CGCUGCUGCGUGGUCCUCUGUUCUUCCCCUGUGGACGUUGUCCUCUGAGCACCGAGGACAGCACUGGGGACCCUGGGGAGGACUCCCCGUGGGUGCUGCAGGAGUCCGUGCUGGGUGGAGCUGGAGCUGCAGACUCCGACUCAGACCAGCUCAUUCAGGCUGCUGGAUUUCCUCUUAUGCCAUGGCUGGCUCUGUCCAGAAACUGCCUAGAGCCUCUACCCCCCCACCCAGGUGUGGCUGCUGAGAACACUGGAUGUGCUACCAAGAAGGACCAAGAGUGGAUGUCCACAGGAGCCAUGCCUGCAGGAGUGAGUCCAUCCCAGAAGGCCCGGGUCCCGGGACCAGAAGUGCAGAGUCCACCAUGGAAGAGAUUGGUGACAGUUGAGGACGUGACUGUGGCGUUCACCCAGGAGGAGUGGCGGCACCUGAACCCUGCCCAGAGAUGCCUGUACCAGGACGUGAUGCUGGAGAUCUACAGCCACCUCGUGUCAGUGGGGUAUGCUAUUCCGAGGCCUGAGGCCUUCUUCAGGAUGAUGAAAGCAAAGGCACAGGAGGAGGAGGCUGAAGUUCCAAACCAGGGGUAUGGAGAAGGCGAUUUGAGGCUUGACCCUCCACAACAGGAAGUUCCUGAGAAAUUGUUUCAAGAUGAUAUGGCCAGUGAAGUCACAAGAGGUGGUUUUCAGUGUUCCAUUUUAGAACUGCAGCAGGAUGCUGGACCUACAAGGGGAAAUCAGCAAAACCAGAUCCCACCUUUGAAGCCUGGUGAUUUCAUCAACAAGAGAAUUCAGAGCACAGACAAGAGUUUUGAAUGUGAGGAGGCCGAAGAAACCAUUCCUGUGGGGCCUCACCGCAUUUCCACACAGAACAGACCUCCGAACUCUCAAGACCGUUUGAACACCAACCGUGAAGCAGAUGGUCAAAAUCAGAGGGUCCUGAAACAGACUAAAGGCCUUGUUACACCUGGUCAGCUCUUUACACGCUGUUCUUCUGUCAGCACCCAGAAAGGAGAGACCGCAUGCAAACACAGUCGGUGUAGAAAAAGUCUCAGCCGUGAACAGCCACUCGUGCAGAAUGAAGUUCAUUCUCAGGAGAACCCAGAUGAAAGUACUGUGUCUGCGAAAGUCUCAAGUUACAGGUCAGCCCUCAGUCAACACCAGAUCAGCCACACUGCAGGGAGACCUUUCCUUUGUCCCGAUUGUGGGAAGGCCUUCUUCCAGAAGUCAGUCCUCAGGACACACCAGAGAAUUCACACAGGGGAGAAGCCUUACAAAUGUACCAACUGUGGGAAAGCCCUAGGCUCUAAGCUCCAACUCCAAGAGCAUGAGCGGAUUCACACAGGAGAAAGGCCCUAUGUGUGCACUGGAUGUGGGAAGGCCUUCAGAGGCAGGUCAACAUUCCAUAAACAUAAGGCAACUCAUACUCUGGAAAGACAUUUUGUCUGUCGAAAAUGUGGGAAGGCCUUCCUCCAGAACUCCGAGUUGAUAGCCCAUCGGCGAACUCACAUUGGAGAGAAGCCCUAUAAAUGCCAAGAUUGUGGGAAAUCAUUCCGUGCACCAUCCGUACUGAAGAUGCAUCGUCGAAUUCACACAGGCGAGAAGCCUUAUGGAUGUAGCACCUGUGGAAAAGCCUUCUCCCUAAAGGGACACCUCAAAAUACACCUGAAAGUUCAUACUAAAAGAAAACGUGUAUCGAAACAACAGGUAUGUGAUCAAUGUGGGAAAACCUUCAGGAAGAAGUCACUGCUCACCAAGCACCGAAGAAUUCACACAGGAGAGAAACCUUACAAAUGCAGUGACUGUGGGAAAGCCUUCGCCUCUGCAUUCCGAGUCAGAGAGCAUGGGCGAAUACACACAGGAAACAAACCCUUUGUGUGCAGUGACUGUGGGAAGGCCUUCAGGAGCAGAGCAGGUUUUUCCACACAUAAGAUGACUCACAGUGGGGAAAGGCCCUUCGUCUGUCACAGAUGUGGCAAGUCCUUCCUCCAGAAGUCAAACUUGAAAUCCCAUCAGCGAACUCACACUGGAGAGAAACCUUAUGCAUGCCAAGACUGUGGGAAAUUUUUCAGUACAACAUCCAGCCUGAAGGUGCAUUAUCGGAUUCACACAGGUGAGAAGCCUUAUGAAUGUGGAGUCUGUGGAAAUGCCUUCUCCAGAAAAGCACACCUCAAUCUACACAUGAAAGUUCAUACUAAAGAGAAACAUCAUGUAGAAAGAAAUCAUGUACACCAUUUGCAUGGGAGAGCCUUCAGGAAGGAGUCAGAGCUCAGCAGGCAGCGAAGAAUUCACACAGGGGAGAAGUCUUACAAGUGCAGCAACUGUGGGAAAGCCUUCGCCUCUAAGUUUCGACUCCAAGAGCAUGAACGGGUUCACACCGGAGAGAAGCCCUAUGUGUGUGCUGAAUGUGGGAAGGCCUUUGCUGCUAAGUCAAAUUUCCAUAGACAUAAGAUCACUCAUAGUGGGGCAAGCCGUUUUAUCUGUCACAAAUGUGGGAAGGCCUGCCUCCAGAAAUCAGAGUUGAUAUCUCAUCGUCAAACUCACAUUGGAGAGAAGACUUAUGAAUGCCAAGACUGUGGAAAGUUGUGCCGAGCACCGUCCGAAUUGAAAGUGCAUCUUCGAAUUCACACAGGCGAGAAGCCUUAUGGAUGUAGCAAAUGUGGAAAGGCCUUCACCCGAAAGGGACACCUUAAUGUACAUAUGAAAGUUCAUACUAAAGCAAAACAUGAACGCAGUGAGUGUGGGAGAACCUUUGACAGUAGAUUAGAGCUCAGCAGGUACCAGAAAGUUCACUCAGGGGACACCUCUACAGAUGCAGUUACUGUGGGAACGCCUUAGCCUCUAAGUUCGACUCCAACAGCAUCAGGGAAUUCACACGAGAGAAACCCUAUGUGUGCCCUGAACAUGCCAAGGCCUUCACUACAGGGUCAGAUUUCCAAAGUCGUAAGAGGACUCAUGGUGGGGAAACUGUUUGGUCAGUCAGAAAUGUGGGAAAGCUUUCCUGCAGAAGUCAGAGUUGACAUCUCAUCAACAAACUCACAACAUAGAGAAACCUUCUGAAUGCUGUGAGUGAGGAAUUGUUUGUCAUACGUCCUCACAGAAUGUUCCCCGUAGAAUUCACACUGGGAGACGUGUGUCUUUUGCACAAGAGAAGGUCUUUGACAACAGAACUUAUGAAGAAAUCAAUUCCCAGUCCAUUGUAUAUCCCCAAAUAAAAUGUUCUAGAGUUACCUGAAGAGAACAUUUUAUAAGAGAUCUAAUUGCCAUGACACAGUUCAUUAUAGAGAAUACAUCCCACUGUCCAUUUUUAAAAAAAUAUUUUAUUAUUUUAUGUGCAUGAGUGUGUUGCCUGCAUAUAGGUAAGUGUACCCAUGUCGUGCAGUGCCCAUGGAGGUCAGUAGAGGCUGCUGGAUCCCCUGGA